AUGUACACUUUGAUGCGGUCCACUUGCUACUCAGUCAGUACCAAUGCUGCGUUAAAUACGGAGAUGCUGACUGACACACUGAGUAAAUUGCGCGCCAGCGAGCACUUCGAUCUGAUUGUCAUUGGUAGCGGGCCUGCUGGUCAAAAAUGCGCCAUUGACAGCGCCAAGCACGGUAAGUCUGUCGCUAUUAUCGAUAAACGUGACAUGUUGGGCGGUGUUUGCGUACACACUGGCACAAUUCCCUCCAAGACUUUUCGCGAAGCGGCCUUACAUCUCACCGGCUACCGACACAAAGCAUUUUAUAAUGGCCAAGGGGGCCCUAGUAAGCGCUUUGGGGUCGAGGAUAUUCUACAGCGUGUUAAGAAGGUGGAAAGCGCCGAGACGGACAUUACACGCCAUCAGUUAUUGCGUAAUGGCGUCCAACUCAUUAAUGGCACUGCCAGAUUCUUACCCGGUAGCAAACAUAUGAUUGCAGUAUUGUCCAAUGAAUCAUACGAAACGGCCACUGAUGCGCAGCGCCAUAGUAGCGCCGACAUUUGCAAGCGUGUGUUGACGGCUGACAAGUUUUUGUUGUGUGUGGGCACGCGACCAGCGCGUCGCGCCGACAUUCCGUUUGAUGGGGAAACAAUUUUCGAUAGUGACCAGCUGCUGUGGGGCAAAGUGAAGUCUGUACCACGUCGCCUGAUUGUUGUGGGUGCUGGUGUGAUUGGCAUGGAGUAUGCAUCGAUGAUGACAAUCAUUCCAGGCACGGACGUGACAGUCAUUGACGCACGCAAAGAAAUUCUUAACAUGGCUGAUAAUGAGGUGUCGGAGGCCUUGUGUUUCUCCAUGGCUCAGACAGGAACUCGUUUUCUUACCGGAGAGGUGAUCAAGAGCGUAGAAAAGUCUGCCAUGGGGGAGGUUUUUGUGCACUUGGAGAGUGGAAAAACAGUUGUGGGUGAUGGAUUGUUGUAUACGGUUGGACGUCAAGGUAAUGUCGAAGGUCUAAACUUAGAGGCUGUGGGUAUCGUACCGGACAAACGUGGACAGAUUAAGGUUGACAACAAUUUCCAGACUGCAGUGCCUCAUAUUUAUGCAGCAGGUGAUAUAAUCGGAUUUCCUGGACUCGCAUCCACUUCGAUGGAGCAAGGACGCUUGGCUUCUGUGCAUAUGCGCACGUCGCAGCCAUUGAACGACCAAAAAAUUUCAGAUGACAAAAAAAUGGACGAUCCAGAUCGUGUACGCACCCGUAUGCGCUCAGGUGAAGUGUUUCCAUUCGGCAUUUAUACUGUGCCCGAAAUUUCAAUGGUUGGUAAGAAUGAGCAGCAGUUGACGAAAGAGGGGGUGCCGUAUGAGGUUGGUGUCGCUCGCUACGAAGAGCUGGCCAAGGGUCAGAUGCUUGGCGGUGUGCCUGGCUUUCUUAAAAUUAUUUUUUGCCCUGACACUCUCAAGGUCCUUGGCGUUCAUGCUAUUGGAGAAGGUGCUACUGAGAUUAUACACAUUGGCCAAGUUCUCAUGUCUACUGAUGGCACACUCGAGUACUUUCGCAACGCAGUAUUCAACUACCCGACGCUUGCUGAAGCCUACCGCGUGGCAGCACUCAAUGGUCUUCGGAAUGAAAAUAGUAAAUCCACCGCGCCGGAGAUGCUCUCAGCGACAUGCUCUUUAAGCCAAAGUUUUUAUGCCCAAUCGCACAUUGAAGCAAAACGAUCAGUUUAUCUUACAGAGAUUGAGCCUCGCUGGACAAACGCAUCGCAAUAA